AUGGAGCUGACAGCCGCACAAGAGAGUGCAAUUGUCAGUGCUGUCAACGAGCAUGCCCAUGAUCCUACUGAGGAUUUGCCAAUUGAUGCUAGUGAUGUUGCAGAUGCUAGCAAGCAGGACAGUAAGAUUGCUCCAGUACUGCAGUACCUACAGUUCAGAUGGCCAGCUGAGAUCAGCGAGGCUGCGCGACCAUACUACAAGAUUCGUCAUGAGCCGACCAUAGAGUCGGGCUGUGUAGUUCGUGGUGGCCGUACCGUCAUCCCAGUAGUGUUUCGCCGUUUGCUGCUAAAUGAGAUGCAUUCUGUCCAUAUUGGCAUUGUCAGAAUGAAGGCAGUAGCACGCAGCUUUGUUUGGCAGCCUGGCCUUGAUCGCGAUAUUGAGCUUCUAGUGUCAUCAUGCAGUCACUGCCAAGCUCUAGCUAAAGCACCUAGCAAGGAUGCCAGCCACCCAUGGGUGUACCCCACAGAAGCUUUUGAGCGUGUUCACGUGGAUUUUGCAGAAUUCAACAACCAGCAGUAUCUCGUCAUCGUGGAUGCAUACUCUAAGCGGAUCGACGCAUACAAGCUUGGAUCCACUGCCACUACUCAGCAGACGAUUGACAGUUUGGUAACAUUUAUCGCAACGUUUGGUAUACCCAAGACCCUCGUGAGUGACACUGGUCCUCAAUUUACAUCACACCAGUUCCAGCGUUUCUGCCGUGAGAGUGGUAUUGUUCGCAAGUGUACACCGCCGUACCACCCAGCUAGUAACGGACAAGUCGAACGCAUUGUCCAGGAGUUGAAGCGUGCUCUGAAGUCCCGUCCUCCGGCAGGGCCUGCUCUAGACAUUCAACACAGCCCGGUCAGAGUGUACAUGGCGCAUGCAGGCCAGCCGGGUCAAGCCGGGUCAGUUCAUCCGGCAGAAAAACAACCAAAAAGCCUGCUCAAAACGCAGGAAAACAGAAAGGCAAAUUUAUUACCAGAAAUCUGA